CGUCUGUUUUGUCCCUCUCGACGCACCGUAGAACAGGAAGCUGUUUCACAAGCAGCCGCUCGGCGUGACUUUGAGCUCGUGUGUGUGACACCAGAGUAAGCUAACACACAUACACACACAUCUACAGCAGCUCACAAUGCGGCUUCUGAGAGCAGCAUCAGCUUUAACUCAACGGCAUCUGCACAAGCCGGGACGCGUCACACUGAAACAGGUGCUGAUCAGCUGUCGCUCCUGCUCGAAUGGCUUCACACCGAACGAGCGGAUCCGGAACAUCGGCAUCUCGGCACACAUCGACUCCGGGAAGACCACACUGACCGAGAGAGUGCUCUACUACACCGGCAGGAUAGUGGAGAUGCACGAGGUGAGAGGGAAGGAUGGAGUGGGCGCAAUCAUGGACUCGAUGGAGUUAGAGAGACAGAGAGGAAUCACUAUCCAGUCCGCUGCCACAUUCACCAUGUGGAAAGAUCACAACAUCAACAUCAUCGACACACCAGGUCACGUGGACUUCACCAUCGAGGUGGAGCGGGCUCUGCGUGUGCUGGAUGGAGCGGUGCUGGUGCUGUGUGCCGUCGGAGGAGUGCAGUGUCAGACCAUGACCGUCAACCGGCAGAUGAAGCGCUACGGCGUGCCCUUCCUCUCCUUCAUCAACAAACUCGACCGACAGGGCGCCAAUCCCAGCCGAGCGCUCCAGCAGCUGAGGACUAAACUGAAUCAUAAUGCAGCGUUUAUCAACAUUCCCAUCGGACUGGAAGGAAAUCUGCGAGGGAUCGUUGAUCUGAUCGAGGAGCGCAGCAUCUUCUUCGAAGGCCCUUUCGGUCAGAGCAUUCGUUUCGAUGCGAUCCCGGCGGAGAUGCGCGCCGAGGCGGCAGACCGCAGACAGGAGCUGGUGGAGUGUGUGGCGAACGCUGAUGAGACGCUGGGAGAGAUGUUUCUGGAGGAGAAAGUUCCCACGGUGGACAGGCUGCUGUGCGCAGGGCGACUAUCCAGCGCGUGUUUACUCCUGUUCUGGUGGGCAGCGCCCUGAAGAAUAAAGGAGUUCAGCC